AUGCAGCGUGAACCUCCGAAAAAGAAGCAGGAGAAGAAGGUGGAAAAGCGGCUUUUUGACGCCACAUCCUUCGGGAAGGACCUGCUGGCAGGCGGGGUGGCGGCGGCUGUGUCCAAGACGACGGUGGCGCCCAUCGAGCGUGUGAAGCUGCUGCUGCAGGUCCAGGCGUCGUCCAAGCAGAUCAGCCCCGAGGCGCAGUACAAAGGCAUCGUGGACUGCCUGGUGCGGAUUCCUCGUGAGCAAGGUUUCCUCAGUUAUUGGCGUGGCAAUUUGGCAAAUGUUAUCCGGUAUUUUCCGACACAAGCUCUAAACUUUGCUUUCAAAGACAAAUACAAACAACUGUUCAUGUCUGGAGUUAACAAAGAAAAACAGUUCUGGAGGUGGUUUUUGGCAAACCUGGCUUCUGGUGGAGCUGCUGGGGCAACAUCGUUAUGUGUAGUUUACCCACUAGAUUUUGCCCGAACCCGAUUAGGUGCUGAUAUUGGAAAAGGUCCUGAAGAGCGACAGUUCAAGGGUUUAGGUGACUGUAUUAUGAAAAUAGCAAAAUCAGAUGGAAUUGUUGGUUUAUACCAAGGGUUUGGUGUUUCAGUUCAAGGCAUCAUUGUGUACCGAGCUUCUUAUUUUGGAGCUUAUGACACAGUUAAGGGCUUAUUACCAAAACCAAAGGAGACACCUUUUCUUGUCUCCUUUUUCAUUGCUCAAGUUGUGACUACAUGCUCUGGAAUACUCUCUUAUCCCUUUGACACAGUUAGAAGACGUAUGAUGAUGCAGAGUGGUGAGGCUGAACGGCAAUAUAAAGGAACUUUAGACUGUUUUAUGAAGAUAUACCAACAGGAAGGAAUUGGUGCAUUUUUUCGUGGUGCCUUCUCCAACAUCCUUCGUGGUACAGGGGGUGCCUUGGUCUUGGUAUUGUAUGAUAAAAUUAAAGACCUCCUUAAUAUUGAUAUUGGAGGUAGUUCAGCAGGCGAUUAA